GGUGCCAAUUCAAAGAUGGCGGAAAAGGAGAGUCAGUUAGACGAAUUUGAGCAAAUAUACUUUUUAAGAGAUCGACAUGUACGUUUCUUCCAGAGAACACUGCAGGUGUUACCUGAAAGAUAUGCCUCACUGGAAACGACCAGGUUAACAAUCAUAUUUUUCGCUCUGUCUGGUCUGGAUGUGCUGGAUGCCCUUGAUGUGAUUGAUAGGAACACAAUGAUUGAUUGGAUCUACUCACUACAGGUUAUACCUACAGAGGAUGAGUCCAACCUCAGUCGAUGUGGUUUUAGAGGCUCGUCACAUAUUGGAAUUCCUUACAGCAAGAAGGGUCCAGAUGUUUUUCAUCCAUACGACAGUGGCCAUGUGGCUAUGACCUACACUGGGCUGUGCUCGUUGCUCAUCCUGGGAGAUGACCUGAGUAGAGUCAACAAAAAGACCUGUCUGGCCGGUCUCAGAGCGCUACAGCUGGAGGAUGGCAGUUUCUAUGCAGUGCCAGAAGGUAGUGAAAACGACAUUCGCUUCAUUUACUGUGCAGCCAGUAUCUGUUAUAUACUGGAUGACUGGUCAGGUAUGGACAUCCAGAAGGCCAUUGACUACAUCAGAGGAAGUUUGUCCUACGACAAUGGAUUUGGACAGGGAGCAGGACGAGAGUCACAUGGUGGGUGGACGUACUGUGCCAUAGCCUCUCUGUGUCUGAUGGAUCGCCUGGACGAGGCGCUGAGUCAGCGGGAGCUGAACAGAAUACGACGCUGGUGCAUCAUGAGGCAGCAGAGUGGCUUCCACGGGCGCCCCAAUAAGCCUGUGGACACGUGCUACUCCUUCUGGGUCGGAGCUACGCUAGAGCUGUUAGACGUGUUCCAGUACACAAACUUUGACAAGAACAGGAGCUUCAUCUUGUCCACCCAGGAUCAGCUGGUGGGGGGAUUUGCAAAAUGGCCCGACAGCCAUCCAGACCCUCUCCAUGCCUACUUAGGUUUGUGUGGUUUGUCACUGAUCGGUGAGGCCGACCUAAGGAAGGUCCACCCAGCCCUUAACAUCACCCAGAGAGCCUUUGAGCACCUCCAGCAGCUGCAGCAGACAUGGAGGGACAGCAGCAACGGCGGCUGUAACGGACAGCACUGACAGCAGGAUGAUCUAUUUGGUCUGCCUUAGAACAGGUUCAGUCAGUAACAUCCAACAGCAAUUGGUCCAUCAACAGUCACUGGACUUAAACUGUGUCUCAGUGAGGUUUGACCUCUUGACCACAAGGUCAUUGUCUUUCAGGAAAUCUUGACCUUUUUCAGAGGCUGUGGUUUCACAGAAGUUCCUGUGAGCUCAUGAUCACUGAAAGCAACUCUUCUGCUAAAAAAUACACACCUCACUCUUUUUAAGUAGAAGCUAAUCGCUAAUAAUGUUUGCAUUGUUGUUUGUUUGGGAAUAAAAUAUGUCCCAAAAAGUCAAACUUGAGUUUACAAUGAACUUGAAUAAACUCCACGUUACCCC